CACGCAGAAAUGCUCGGGCAGUUAUUGUGAAAACAAGUGCUUGAUAAUAAGUACUGAAUAGUGCACGGAAGUUUUGAUAUUAUUUUGAGAUAUCUGGAAUGAAUUUAACCCUUCCUGAUCAGCCUUUAAGUUUGCCAUAACUUCGAAUUGCUUCAUUAUAAAUUUAGUAUACUAAAUAGGCGCUACGUUGGCGAACAAGAUGCCUACGAUUUAUCAACUCAGCGCGGUCGUUCGGAUACUUAUUCUGCUCGCUCUCUAUGGUCUUAGUAAUGCACAAAUGCUUGACGUUGAUGACUUUUGUGAUUUCGCUGGCUACGACGGCAUAUGUUUGGAAGCUAGCAAGUGUACUGACUUGCAGGCCAAAAUGCAGGCACUGACUUUGGAAAGCCAUCACGUGGGCCGCUGUGGCUUCGGCGUUAGAGAGGAGAUUAUAUGUUGUCCAAAGUGGCAAACACCAGUGCAAACCCCACCCAAACUUCCCAACGCGUUUAUAGAUCUCUCCAAACAGCCUGAGUUUCAUCAUAAGCCGCCACCAGACGGUGCGCUUAGUGAUAGUUCUAUUCUCAGCACUACAAGUACACCUAUAAAUUUUCAACAAAAUGGCAACAAUUUCCAAGAGCACGUACAAGAUGAAGAGGACAGAUUAAAAUUUUUAUUCAACAUCAACUUUGGUCAAGUUGGAAGUGGGCAUAAUGUGCGGGAAUGGAAAGGCGACUCUGCACCAGCUGUAAAUGAAAAUAAUAACGGCUUCUUCAUUGCAAAUCCAGUACCGAAUGUACAGGAUAACCAAAAUUUAAAUGGCAACCCUGCUGUCGAUGAAAAUGAAAGAAUGAAUGCUAUAUUCGGCAAUAACCACGAACAGAUCGGAAAUGAUAAUAGUCAAGAUGAAAAGAAAGCCAAUUCUUUUCCGGUUGUAAAUGAAAAUAACAACGGAUUCUUCAGUGGAACUCCAGUGCCGAAUGUACAGGACAUCCAAAAUUUAAAUGGCAACCCUGUUGUCGAUGAAAAUGAAAGAAUAAAUGCCAUAUUCAGUGUUAACCCUGAACAGAUCGGAAAUGAUAAUAGUCAAGAUGAAAAGAAGGUGAAUUCUUUUCCGGUUGUAAAUGAAAAUAAUAACGGAUUUUUCAUUGCAAAUCCACAGCCAAAUGUACAGGGUAACCAGUUAAAUGGUUACCCUGUUAUCGAUGAAAAUGAUAGAUUAAAUGCCAUAUUCGGUGAUAACUCUGCACAGAAUGGAAAUGAAAAUAGUCAAGACGAAAAGAAGGGGAAGUCUUUCCCGGUUGUAAAUGAAAAUAAUAACGGAUUCUUCAUUGCAAAUCCAGUGGCGAAUCUACAGAACAACCAAAAGUUAAAUGGCAACCCUGCUGUCGAUGAAAAUGAAAGAAUUAAUGAUAUAUUCGGCAAUAAUCUUGAACAUAUCAGAAAUGAUGAAAGUAAAGAGGAAACUAAAACAAAUCCUGUACCGUUCGUAAAUGGAAAUAAUAACGGAUUCUUCAGUGCAACUCCAGUGCCGAAUGUACAAGGCAAUGGAGAAUUUAUAGGUAAUCCGGUGGUCGAUGCAAAUGAAAGUGUGAAAGCUGUAUUCGAUAAUAACCCUGUACAUGUAGGAAGUGAUAAUAGUAAGGACGAAGGGAAGGUAAACCCUCUUUCGUUAGUAAAUGGAAAUAAUAACGGUAUUUUCAAUCAAAAUCCAAUACCGAAUGUAGAGAGCAACCAAAAGUUAAAUGGUAACCCUGUUAUUGAUGAAAAUGAAAGAUUUAAUGCUUUAUUCAAUCCUCUGCCGAUUGAUGAUGAUAGGGUUAGGCCCAGCGGUGUAAUUGAUCAAGAUUCUGCUGAAAAUUUAAAAGCUAAAAUUAAUGCUAUUUUCGGUGGUAAUCGUGAACAGGUCGGUAAUGCUAAUGACAACGAGGAGAGCAAGGGAAAUCCAGUUCCGGUUAUAAAUGGAAAUAAUAACGCGAUUUUCAAUCAAAAUCCAAUAUCGAGUGUACAGAACAAUCAAAAGUUAAACUGUAACCCUUUUUUCGACGAGAAUGAAAGAUUUAAAGCGCUAUUCAAUGGCAACCCUGGUAAAAGUGGAAGUGUAAGUAGUAUUGGGAAAUGGAAAGGAAAUAUUGUUCCAGUUAUUGCCGAAAAUAAUAAUGGCUUAUUCAACGAAAAUCCAGUGUCGAAUAUACAGGCUAAUCAAAAGGCAAAUGGUAAUCCUUUUUUCGAUGAAAAUGAAAGAUUUAAUGCUAUAUUUAAUGGCAAUCCCAUCCCGAAGGAAAACCAUAUAGGUGGACUAAAUGGUGUAAUUAGUCAAAAUCCUGCUAUUUUCGGCGGUAAAUCUGUACAGCUUGAAGAUACAAACAACAGUGGGGAAUUGCAUGGAAAACCUAUUCCGGGUGAGGAUGAACUGAUCUAUAAUAAUGCAGCAAUGGUUGGAAAAGGUAUAUUAGAUGAAAAGGCAUUAAUAAAUGCUAUAUUAAAAGGUCAAUUAGAAAGCAGCGCUGAGCAUUUUAUAUUUAAUGAUAAGCCAUUACGGGGCAGACCUAUAAAUAGGAGAAGACACAGUACAUUCAUGGAAAACCGCAGUACUUUCAAUAAUGGACAUUUUAACAUGAGAAAUCAUAGACGGUUUGAAGAAGCAACACACCGAAGAAGUCAGGGAGUUUAUAGAGGGUCCAAUAGAAAUACACGCAUUCGAUUCGCAAAUAAUUAAAGGAAAAUUAUAUUAUUGAAUUGGAAAUAUUCUAAAUUACUUUUAAAUAUCAUUUAUAUUAUA